GCCAGCUUUCAGCUCUCGGGAACUUUCAGGAAGAACCCUAAACCAGUUUUUCACCAGCAAGUCUAUUGUAUUGCACGUGGAUUUUGACUUGAUGCUGCAAGUGCUUUACGCAGCAAAUACUUGUGGCACUAGAAGAGUGGGAAGCGGUGAAGGUGAAGGAGGCUGUGAGAGGACAUAGAAAUGAUGUGAGGAUGGUGGAGAUUUUUUGAAUUAUUGGGUGAUGAACAAGAAGAAGAAAGCAGAAGUGAGGAUGCAAGUCGAAAGUUCUCUGUCUGUGGUUGGUCCAAGGCCAACAGAGUUGUCAACUAUGAUACAUAGUGGUGGCCCACCAGUGCCUGGACCAAAUGGGAAACAGCGGACUUCGAGCUUGGAGUCACCAAUCAUGUUGCUAACAGGGCACCAAAGUGCAGUCUACUCAAUGAAAUUCAAUCCAGCAGGGACUGUUGUUGCAUCUGGUUCACACGAUAAGGAGAUAUUCUUGUGGAAUGUACAUGGUGAUUGCAAGAACUUCAUGGUCUUGAAAGGGCACAAAAAUGCUGUGUUGGAAGUGCAAUGGACUACUGAUGGCACACAAAUAAUAUCGGCCAGCCCAGAUAAGACUUUAAGAGCAUGGGAUGUUGAGACAGGGAAACAAAUAAAAAAGAUGAUGGAACACUCAUCUUUUGUGAAUUCUUGUUGUCCCGCUCGAAGGGGCCCACCUCUUAUUGUCAGUGGGUCGGAUGACGGGACUGCAAAACUGUGGGAUAUGAGACAAAGGGGGUCCAUACAGAAUUUUCCGGAUAAAUACCAGAUUACAGCAGUCAGUUUCUCGGAUGCAUCGGAUAAGAUUUACACUGGUGGCAUUGACAACGAUGUAAAAGUGUGGGAUAUUCGGAGAAGUGAGGUUAUUAUGAAGCUCCAAGGACAUCAAUAUAUGUUAACCGGCAUGCAAUUGAGUCCAGAUGGUUCUUACCUUCUGACUAAUAGCAUGGACAACACUCUUCGAAUAUGGGACAUGCGCCCCUAUGCGCCCCAAAAUCGCUGUGUGAAGAUUUUGGAAGGGCACCAACACAAUUUUGAGAAGAACUUGCUGAAAUGUGGUUGGUCACCCGAUGGAAGCAAGGUCACUGCUGGUAGUAGUGAUCGCAUGGUCCACAUAUGGGAUACAACUUCUCGUCGCAUAUUGUAUAAGCUUCCAGGUCAUACUGGAUCAGUUAAUGAGUGUGUCUUCCAUCCCAGUGAGCCUAUCAUUGGCUCUUGCAGUAGUGAUAAGCAGAUAUAUCUUGGUGAAAUCUAAACGACCUUCGGUAAUUUCUCCAUCAUCUUUUCAUACAGUUGUGAGGUUGAAAGUAGUAGCUAGCCGUUGAGACCAAUUUGUGGACAAGUGACGGUAUCGUGGAAAUUGUGACGCGUUUUAGUUAAUUUUUGAUCGUUGGUGUUGAUAGGUGUUCCAUUUAGCAAUUAUGGCAUAUGAGAAUUUGUUGCAACACGUAUCUUUAGCUGGGAUCGGAAUUUAGCUAACUUUUCUAUAUUUUUCGUGUUUUAGACAAUGAAUGUGUAGCAUAGAUUUGUGUUGCUGUGUUGAUGACAUUACUAUGUGCAAGAUGUUCAUCACAAAGGUUAGUUAAAGUGAAGAGUUGCCCGUGUACAGGAGAACCUUUUCCAGCUAACAUGUGGGCCCACCUCGUAAUUCAAAAAUAUUGAUAUUCAAGAUUGGAUUACUAUCUCUCAUCAUAUGGAAGAGACGUGUUUAACUCAAGAUUGGAUUACUAUUUCUCUCAUCAUAUGGAACAAAAAUAGGAGACGUGUUCAACUCACUUGGUACAUAUUCAUGAAGUAGAUGUGUUGCUUGACUAGACUUGUGUCUUAGAUCAAAGAAUAAUACCAUCAUGUUUGAUUGAUGUUUAGCACCAAUUUAUGUCAUCAUAUGGAGGAGACGUGUUUAACUCAAGAUUGGAUUACUAUUUCUCUCAUCAUAUGGAACAAAAAUAGGAGACGUGUUCAACUCACUUGGUACAUAUUCAUGAAGUAGAUGUGUUGCUUGACUAGACUUGUGUCUUAGAUAGAAGAAUAAUACUAUCAUGUUUGAUUGA